AUGUCAGAACUCAACGUCUCUCGGCUGGAUGAACGUCCCCUGACUCUAUCCGGUCCAUCAGAGUCUGUGAACGUCCAGGGGGGUUCUUCGAAAGAAAGAGUCCCACCGCUGUCAGCUUGUGACAGGAUCAUCGUCGUCCCGACCAAAGAAGAUUUGCUUAGAUUUGAAAGCGGCAAGACUAAGCCAAAGAGGGGUGAUCAUGGUACAUUCUCCAGGGUGCCUAAGGCGGAUAACUUCCUCUCCAACCAAGAGUCGAGAACUGAGGAAAGUAAGCCAAACGAAAAUGACGGAUUGUGGAAUAAUCCCGAGCUGCAUUACAAUGAAGAGUUGUACCUUUUAUUGUCCCGCAGCGAUGAUCCGCUUUGGGAUUUUUUGCAUCACCGAAUCAUAUGGCUUGAAGAGAAGGGGAAUAACAUCACUGUCAUGGAAGCUGGAGAACUUCAAGAAUUGCGAGUCAUGGAUGACGGCUUACGGUGGGGGAAGUAUCUUGGAGGCGAAACCCCCGGUAGUAUUUUCUUACGCUAUGAGUUCUACCGAAACACUCUUGACAUAAGAAUCCGUCACCUCAUUUCCCGCUCUUGGAUUGAGGACAAAGAGGUUCAAAACCAGGAUCCUGUUCUAUUCUAUUUGAUAUGGAGAUCAAAGAAGCAGUCGCGAGAGACACUUUGGCUUGAUCGUUGGGAGGUAGACCCACGGAUGACGGUCCACGAGGCGAGCAUUGACGGUGUUAUUCGCAACUUGUUACCGCUUGAAGGGGACUCAAAUCGAUACGACAAGGCUUGCGAUUGUUGCAACAAGCUUUUAACGUUACUCCGUGAGUCUGGCAACGUACUCUAUGAGCCAGAAAUCAGGUAUCUCGAGAAGUUGUUGGGGAAGGUCAAGCCCAAAAGUUGGUGGAAUCUCGCAUCUCCCAUUAGUCUUGCCUGUGUCGCUGCCUCCUUCUUUGGUUCAAUGACAAAGCUCAGCCCACGUUCAGGGGGAUACUAUUCAAGUUUGGUCCAGGGGCUGCUCUUUACGGCAGCUUCCCUUAUAACGGCGGCUGAAACUAGCUCAAUUCUUGCUUCAAGACGCAGGGCUGAACACUGGUCACAGCAUGUUCUUUUGGGAGUCUCGGUUUCAGCUGGGUUGAUAUCCUGUUCACUUAGGAUGUGGGACGAGAGUGACAAUUAUCAGCCUGUUGUAGUCGUGCUUGAUCUGUUGCUGGGUUUUGUCCUAGGCUUAUACCUCAUGAAACCUUACACUUUGGUUGAUCCAGAGUGA